AUGGGUCAGAGGCCGGGGAGUAACUGGCCUCAGGCAGUAUUCCGUGCUCUGCGGGGGCUGCUGCCCAUGCUGGACCGCCCUGCACUGUUCUCUCCUCAGGGCAUCUUGGCUUCAAGGCUGCUACGCGACCCCAGGGACCCAUCUCGGUCACGCCCUCGGCUGUCUGCUGUCCUCCCAAGGGCCCGGCCAGCCCCACUGAGGCAGGACACCGAGAGUGAGCGGGGCUGCCCCCCAGGCCAGGAGGUGCAGGAAGUGGAUGAAACGCUGGUCUUCUACUCGGAGGCCGACCUGCAGGCCUGUGUGGACGGUGCCCUGCUAGCUGCUCAGCUGGGCCGGCUUGACACCAUCCCCUUCACGUACCAGCAGCUGGAGACUUUCAAGCGCAAGCUGGACAAGACCUACCCCCAGGGCUACCCCGAGGACGUGGUCCGUAGGCUGGGCUCCCUGUUCUCGCUGGUCUCACCGGAGGACAUCAGCAAGUGGGAUGUCAGGUCCACAGAGACGCUGAACACUCUGCUACGAGUCAGCAGGGGACAAAACACCGAUGCUCAGGCGUCUCAGUGGCUCCUCCCACAGGUGGCUGCCCUGAUAGCCCGCUUCGUGGCAGGAGGGGCCCGGGUCGACCCAGGCACCCUGGCCACGGUGGCUGCCCUCAGCCCUGCCCACCUGUGCCGGUUCAGUCCUGAGCAGCUGGGCCUCUUGGAGCCCCACCGUCUUUGGGAGCUGGAGUCCAGGGACCUGGAGGGAUGUCCCCUUCCGCAGAUGGAGGUCCUCUUCUCCAAGGCGCGCCUUGCCUUCCAGAACACGACUGGAGCCGGCUACUUUGAGAGGAUCCGGCCUUACCUCGGUGGGGUCACCACGGAGUACCUGCGUGUCCUCAGCCGGCAGAAUGUCAGCAUGGACAUGGCCACAUUCAAGGAGCUGAGGACGGAGGCCCUGCGGCCGCUGACGGUAGCUGAAGUGCGGGGGCUGCUGGGGCCCCACGUGGCAGACCUGAAGUCGGAGGAGAGGAACAGCCCCGUGCGGGACUGGAUUGCUCAGCAACGGCAGGACGACCUGGACACCCUGUGGCCGGGGCUCCACGGUGGCAUCCCCAACGGCUACCUGGUCUUGAACCUGGGUUCCCCACGGGGCCGUGGGGACUCUCUCAAGGGGCCCUGCCUCUCUGGACCCAGGCCCAUGUUGGCCCUGCUCCUGGCUUUGACUCCUGAGAGCCUCAAUAAACGGGGCCGUGUUCCCCUGACGUGUCUGUGGUGCUGGGAGGCUGCAGACGGGGCGAAGCGCGACUCCGGGGCUCACCGGGCAUGCGGCCUCCCCUAG